AUUCUAGCAUGCUUAUCACACAAUGUUAUCUCACCCUCCUUUCCCAUACAUAAAACUCCACAUUUCCUGCUGAGUAACCUAACAAAACAAACACAGCAUUGCUCCGUGUUUGACCUGUUAUAGUAAACAGUGAUGGCUCAAAGGGACUUGAGGCUUUUGGGUGCUUGGUUCAGUCCAUUUGUCCUGAGGGUGCAGAUUGCCCUUAACCUCAAGGGUUUGGAUUAUGAGGUUGUUGAAGAGACUUUGAAUCCCAAAAGUGAAUUGCUUCUUAAGUCCAACCCUGUGCACAAGAAAAUCCCAGUUUUCUUCCAUGGAGAUAAAGUCAUAUGUGAAUCUGCAAUCAUAGUUGAGUACAUAGAUGAGGUUUGGUCCAACAAUGCUCUCUCCAUCCUUCCACAAAAUGCAUAUGAUCGAGCUAAUGCCCGAUUUUGGGUUUCUUACAUCGAUGACAAGUGGGUUACGUCCUUGAAAAGUGUUCUACUGGCUGGAGAUGACGACGAGGCAAAGAAAUCACACUUUGUGGAAAUGGAAGAAGCACUUGAGAGGAUGGAAGAAGUGUUCAACAAGUGCAGUGAAGGAAAGACAUACUUUGGAGGGGAUACAAUUGGAAUUGUUGACAUUGUUUUUGGGAGCCUUUGGAGUUGGAUGAGAGUGAUAGAAGAGAUGAAUGGAAGAAAAGUGUUUGAUGAAGCAAAGAACCCUUCUUUGGCUAAAUGGGCUGAAACGUUUUCUGCUGAUGCUGCUGUGAAGGGUGUUCUUCCAGAGACUCACAAGCUUGUUGAGUAUGCCGAGAGUCUUAAGAAAAGAUGGGCUGCUGCAGCUGCAAAGUAAAUGGAACUAAUUGCAAGAUUACUUGGCUUUGAAAUUGUGAUUUUUUUUUUCCUUGUAGGCUAUCUUUGUUCUAACUUUAUGUUGGUUUAAAAAUAACUUUAAAAUAAAAGGUUUAUAAAUAAAGUAGAGAAAAAGGGGAGUGUCUUCGGUUUUGACUUUUGAGUUGUGAGGGUAACCUUUCAAUUGAAGAGUCCGAAUCUCACUUGAAGAGAAUUAACAAUUGGGAUAAAAAAAAUUAUGCUUUUGUA